ACCAAAUACAUUACUAUGGUCGACAUACGUACUUUUUUUGCGUUGUAAAAAAAUUUGCAUUUUUUACAACGAAACAUUUUUUAAUUUUUUAUAAACUAUAGUAUAUUAUUUAUGGUGAUAACAACAUGUCUGAUAAUAUCGAGUCCGAAAUUAUCAAUAAUUCUAAUAAAUGGAUUAAUUGGAUUGAAGUAGCCAUUUCUGAGGAUUAUUUUAAAUAUUAUGAUUUCAAGAAUUUCAGUAAUAUUAAAGAAAUUGGUUCUGGAGGUUUCGCAAAAGUUUAUCGUGCAAAUUGGAAAAAUUCAAAUCAAUAUUUUGCGUUAAAACAUUUUUUUAAACCUGAUGACGCUGCUGUUAAAGAAAUUGCUCAUGAGCUUACACUACAACGAGAAGUAGACUUUCAUAAUAAUAUUAUUCGUUUUUAUGGGAUAACGAAAUCUGAUUCAGAAAAUUACAAUGAUCAAUUAAAUAAGUAUUGGCUAGUAAUGGAGUACGCUGACAGUGGUACACUUCGUAACUAUCUAAAGGAACAUUUCAAUAAUCUCACGUGGGAUGACAAAUACAAUUUAGCAUAUCAAUUAGCUUGUGCAGUUUCAUGUUUGCAUGAUGAAGGAAUUGUUCAUCGUGACCUGCACCCCAAUAAUAUAUUGGUUCAUCAAAAUACCAUAAAAUUGGCAGAUUUUGGUUUAUCAAAAAGGAUUGAAGAAGCAUCUAAUUCACAAUCGAAAUUAUAUGGUAUAAUUCCCUAUAUUGAUCCGAAAAGAUUUAAUAGACGAAAAUAUAGCAAUACAGUACAAUUAUAUACAUUAAAUGAGAAAAGUGACGUAUAUAGUGUCGGUGUACUUUUAUGGGAGAUCUCCAGUAGUAAACCACCUUUUUAUAUUGAAGGUGAACAAUAUGAUAUCGAUUUAGCUGUAGAAAUUUCACAAGGUCUUAGAGAGAAAAUUAUUCCUGGUACACCUGAAAAUUAUGUGAAAAUUUAUACUCGCUGCUGGAAUGGCGAACCAGAAAAUCGUCCAACUAUUAACCAAGUUGUUGAUGAAUUAAAAUCAAUUAUUACAAAAACAGAAAAAAAUUAUCAGGUGGAUAAUAAAAAAAUUCAUUUACCAAAUAAUCAAGAAUUUAAUAAAAAUAAUGAUGUAGAAUCUUCUUCAAAUACUUAUCAUUCUUUAUAUGAUGAGUUAUCUCAAUUAAUUCAAAAUUUUGAUAAAAUGAAUACGAAAGGAAUUGAUCUUUUAACAUCAUGUAAUUAUUUUAAUACAAUAGUUGAUGAGUUGGUUGAUCUUUCUGAUAAAGUAGAAGAUGAAGAAAAACAGAAAAUUCUUAAUUAUCUUAAUAAUCAUAAUAUGACUUCACAAGAAAUUUAUAAUUGGUUAUUAAAUGAUCAAUAUAAUUCGAAUUCUAUUGUUUUACUUGGGGAUCUUAAUUAUUUAGGAAUUGGAACUAAUGUUGAUAAAAAUAAAGCAUUUGAAUUAUAUAAAGAUGCAGCAAAUUUAGGAAAUAAUAUAGCUAAAUAUAAUCUUGGUAUUUGUUAUGUUUAUGGAAGUGGUGUUGAUAAAGAUUAUAAUAAAGCUAUUGAAUUAUUUGAGAAAUUAACUGAAGAAGAAUAUCCAAGAGGAAUAAAUUAUUUAGGAUAUUGUUAUCAAAAAGGAAUUGGUGUUAAUGUUGAUGAACGAAAAGCGUAUGAAUUAUAUCAAAAAGCUGCAAAUUUAGGAUAUGUAUUUGGAAUAUACAAUUUAGGAUGUUGUUAUCAAAAUGGUAUUGGAACUAAUAUUGAUAGACCAAAAGCAUUUGAAUUAUAUCAAAAAGCUGCAAAAUUAGGAAGUGCAUCUGGAGUAAUUAAUUUGGUAUAUUCUUAUAUCAAUGGUAUUGGAACUAAUGUUAAUAAACAGUUAGCAUUUGAAUUAUAUCAAAAUGCAGCAAACUCAGGAGAAAUAUAUGGACUAAAUGGUUUGGGAUAUUGUUAUCAAUAUGGAAUUGGAACUGAUGUUAAUGAACAAAUGGCAUUCGAACUAUAUCAAAAAGCUGCAAAUUUAGGAAAUGCGUCUGGUAUAAAUAAUUUGGGAUAUUGUUAUGACAAUGGAAUUGGAACUAAUGUUGAUAAGCAAAAGGCAUUUGAAUUACAUUUAGAAGCUGCAAAUUUAGGAAAUAGUACAGCUCAAUAUAAUCUUGCUGUAAUGUAUGAAAAUGGAGAAGGGAUUGGUAAAGAUGUUGAUCAAGCAAUUUAUUGGUGUAAAAAAUCUGCCGAACAAGGAGAUCAAGAUGCGCAAAGAAGACUGAAGAAGCUCUUAAGAAUUAAUAGAAAAAAUAGUGUUUCAUGUAGAACCAGUUAAUUUUUUUUUAAUAAGAAUAUUAAGUUAAAUUUUGUAAUACACACAAACGAAUAAUGAUAACAUAGGAGAUAUCAAAAAUAUCUGCUAAUAAUAAAUAUUAAUAAAAUAAA